GGAUCUUUCCCCAAUUCCACUUCAAUCAGCAAUUCCGAAGACAUGGCGCGAACUCCCUUCACCCAAUUCAACAUCCCCUUUGGAAUUUUCUCUACGGAGGAAGAGCCUCGCCCUCGCUGCGCUACACGGAUCGGCGAGAAAGUCCUUGAUUUGAAGAAAUACGCUGAGAACGGAGGAGCCAAGGACAUUGAGGGAUUUAUCACAGAAACCUUUGCUCAGGUCAGUCCACAAUCCAGUCGGCUAAUCUGAGGUAUCGUAACACUCCACAAUCACCAGCCAUCCCUCAAUGCCUUCGCACAACUAUCCGGUGCAACCAGGAACGCUGUAAGGCAACGUAUUAGAGAUGACAUCCAAGGAGGUCACGUGAAGGAAUCCCACUUCGUCGAGGCUUCCAAGGCAAAAAUGCACCUCCCAAUGCAAAUUGGAGACUAUUCCGACUUUUACUGCUCAUUAGAGCAUUGCCAAAAUGUUUGCACUAUUCCCGCGCUAUAUGUGUUUCUAGGCCUCUAACAUGGAAGAAAGUGCUCGGCUCACCUUUCAAUGCCCCAAAUUCCCAAAAACUGGUUCUAUGCUCCAUCCGUAUACAAUUCGCGUGUCUCGAGCAUACUGCCUUCUCCUAGCACGUUCAGGCGACCAUCGGGUGUCUACUACAAGACAGGAACCGAAGAGGCUGUCUAUGGCCCCACCCAAAUGAUGGACUUUGAGCUAGAGAUGGGAUACUUUGUUUCCAAACCUGUCCCCCACGGAGAAACCAUGAAUGUGGAUGAUGCCAAGCAGUACAUAUUUGGAUUCGUACUUCUGAACGACUGGAGCUCGCGUGACCUACAAAUGUUCGAGAUGAAACCACUAGGGCCGUUCCAUGGUAAGGGAUCCGCGACAACUAUAUCGCCAUGGAUCGUCACGAUGGAUGCCUUGGAAGAGUUUAGUGUACCUGUCAAGACCAUCCAAAAUCCUCCGUGCUUCCCGCAUCUCGCGUACGGGAAUAAAGCAAAGGCUGCGCUGGACAUCAAGCUUUUUGCCUAUCUAGAACGUGAGAUGAUGAUAAUCCUCCGUGGGUGAAUAUUGUUAACGAGGUUUGACAGGGGCUGGAAAGAGAUUCAAGAUAUCUCAGAGCAAUCUCAGGUAUCUCUAUUGGACACCGUAUCAGCAACUGGCACAUCAUGCUUCUGCCGGAUGUGGCUUGAACACAGGUGAUUUGAUGGGGACCGGCACUAUAUCUGGAGAUGUAACCCCCCCCCCUCCAUUUACCCCUUGCAUGAUCGAUGACCCCAGUUCUGACAUGUAAUAAUAGGCUGCAGAUACGGAUGGAAAGAAGCUGGAGCUAGGCUGUUUGUAUGAAGCGACAGAGGGCGGUACAAAGUCCAUAACACUCCAAUCCGAAGACGGCAGUGGACAAGCAGAUUUGAAAUACUUGCUUGAUGGGGAUGAAGUGGUGUUUGAAGCAUGGUGCGGAGAUAUGAAGCUCGGUUUCGGGGAGUGUAGAGGAAAGCUUGUUGGACAAUAGACAAAAGGGUGAGGUAUGAGAUGUAACGAACACGGGAGAGAAAGGAGUCUACGCCCAGAAGAGGAAGAGAUCAGAGUUCAAGUCUCCGGGCGCUGGGCGCUGGAUUAUAAUGAAUCAAUUGGUGGAAAC